CUUUCCCUCACCAAACCAGCUGAGAGAUCAAUAGACAAAGAAGACUUCUUUCUUCCCUCCUCCUCCUCCUUCGCGUGGGAUCGAAAGGGAGAUGACUCGUCGUCUGCUCUCAACUCGACGGGCUACUGCUCUUCUUCUCCUCAUCUGCUAUGUAGGGUCUUCCAUGGGAUCAGCGCACUUCUCCGACCUUAAACGGACUCUCAUAGUAACUGCAUCUCCAAAACCUGGCCAAGUAUUGUAUGCUGGAGAAGACAAGAUCACAGUUACAUGGAAGCUGAACAGCUCCCUGCCGGCCGGCACCGAUGCGGCAUACAAGAAGGUCAAGGUGAAGCUCUGCUAUGCUCCGGUGAGCCAGAAAGACCGGGGGUGGCGCAAGACUGACGACAACCUCAAGAAGGACAAGACAUGCCAGUUCAAGGUCACCACCCAGCCCUACGCCGGCAGCGGGAGCUUCGUGUACACCAUCGACCGCACCGUGCCCACCGCCACGUAUUUCGUGCGGGCAUACGUGGUUGAUGCCUCUGAUACUGAGCUCGCUUAUGGGCAGACGACCGAUGCCAAGAAGUCCACCAACCUGUUCGAUAUCGUCGGGAUCACCGGCCGCCAUGCGUCGCUCGACAUCGCCGCGGGAUGCUUCUCGGCCUUCUCGGUGGUGGCGCUGCUCUUCUUCUUUGUCAUGGAGAAGAGGAAGGCCAAGAAGUAGGCAACACAUAUUGCAUGGCUUUUACUACUGCACCCAAACGGAUGGAGUUGAUUAUACUGUUCUAGCUAGCGUGCCUUUCAAACCUUGUUGCACUUCUUGUGUUGAACUGGUCUUCUUCUCUUGUUACUUGAGUGCUAAAAGACUUUGUGAUGCCAAAAGUUACACAUUUCAUCCAGUGUGUGGUUCAGUGGAGAAGGUGUUGUGGUCUGUGCCCUUGGGUGCUUGGCAGUACAGAUUAAACCUGUAUCUUUUUAAUUUGUUGUCAAGGCUUCCAUACUGACGUUACCAUUAAUCUGAUAGUAAGUGAUGCACCAAGUUUCAU